UUAACUCCCGCCGGUCAAACAAACAUGGGCCACAAGUCGGAUGAUGAGGUUUCGCUCGACACUGCAGCCGUCGAGUCUCUAUCGCUAAAAGGGGAUCUGGUUAAGAGGCAGAGACUGCCCUGGUACUAUGCUCCGUCGUUCCUGCUCCUCUGGCUGUGUCUCUUCUUUGCCAUCGUGAUUCCCCUGUACAACAGGCUACCAGAUAGGAUUACCAUCUCCGAAGAAUCUGCCAAGCCAGGAGAAUUCGUGGCUGAGCGGGCACAGAGACAGCUCUUCGUUUACGAUAGGAUCGGACAAAAAGUAACUGGCGGUUAUGCAAACGAGGUCACAACGGUUGCUUUUCUUCUGGAUGAAAUAGAAAAGAUCAAAGAGCAAAUGCUCAGGGAUCUCUAUGAAGUCGAGGUGGAUGUCCAGGCGCCUUCGGGAAGCUUUUCGUUAGGUAGUAUGGUGAGCAUGUAUCAGGGAAUCCAAAAUGUAGUCGUCAAGUUGAGCACGAAGCAAUUCCAGAGUGAGUCUUACCUCCUAAUCAACAGUCACUUUGAUUCGAAGGCAGGGAGUCCAGGUUCUGGCGAUGAUGGCACCAUGGUUGUGGUUAUGCUGGAGGUCCUACGUCAAAUGGUUAUAUCGAAGACGCCCUUUGAACAUCCAAUAGUCUUUCUGUUCAAUGGAGCUGAGGAGAUUGGUCUCCAGGGUGCUCAUGGUUUUAUCACGCAGCACAAGUGGGCAGCGAACUGCAAGAUGGUUAUAAACCUAGAAGUGGGCGGCAGUGGAGGACGGGAUCUCUUGUUUCAGAGUGGACCCAAUAAGCCUUGGCUCAUGAAGUAUUAUAAACGUUAUGCAAAGCAUCCGUUUGCCACAACAAUAGCCGAGGAGAUUUUUCAGGAAGGAAUUUUGCCAUCAGACACUGAUUUUCGAAUAUUUCGGGACUUUGGAAAUGUACCUGGCUUGGAUAUGGCCCAAACUGACAAUGGAUACGUGUACCACACAGCCUUUGAUACUUUUGACGUGGUUCCGGGAAGAUCCAUCCAGAAUACUGGGGAUAAUAUUCUAGCCCUUGUUAGGGGCUAUACGAAUGCCAGUGAAUUGUCCGAGAAGAGGAACGAUGAUGAGGGCCACGCUAUUUUCUUCGACUUUCUGGGUCUGUUUUUUGUGUAUUACACGGAGACCACUGGGAUCAUUAUGAACUGUUGCAUAGCAGUGAUCAGUCUGGUUUUGGUGGGAUGUUCUCUCUGGAGAAUGGCUCGUCAAUCGGAGAAGGUUACGAUUCCUCAGAUAACGCUUUGGUUCGUUAUUAUCCUGGGACUGCAUGUGGUAGGAGUACUUCUGUGCUUUGGUUUGCCGCUCCUCAUGGCAGUGCUCUUCGAUGCAGGGGGUCGUUCAAUGACCUACUAUUCUAGCAACUGGCUGGUGUUUGGACUCUUUAUAUGCCCAGCAUUCAUCGGUCUUGUACUUCCCUUGACCCUGUACUACACCCUGAAGCCGAAUAACAAACUAAGCCAUGGAUACCAUCUCCAAAUGAGCCUGCACUCUCACCUGGUGGUCCAGGCCCUGCUCGGUAUUAUUCUGACUGCCAUGGGAACGCGUUUUGUGUACAUAUGUCUUAUGGCAAUGAUCUUCUAUGGGGGCGCUCUUCUGAUUAAUCUGCUGAGCACUCUGCAUGAUCGCGGAAACUUUUGGGCUUUGAUUGUGAUGUGCCUUCAGGUGCUGCCGUUCUGUUACUUUUGUUACAUCUUCUAUAUACUCCUUAUAGUGUACUUUCCGAUCACAGGAAGAAAUGGCAUUGGCGCCAAUCCAGAUAUCAUGAUAGCCUUGAUAUGUGGUGGUGCCACGCUUUUUACUUUGGGAUUUAUUGCACAAUUCAUCAACGCUUUUCGCUGGCCGAAGCUUAUACUCCUAGGCCUGGGAGUGGUAGCAUUUAUUUUCAGCAUGAUUGCAGUCUCGGAUGUGGGUUUUCCGUAUCGUGCCAAGACCAAUGUGAUGCGAUUUAACUUUAUGGAUACCCAUCGCUUAUUCUACGAGUACAAUGGCACCUUGAGUCACAGUGAUUCCGGCUAUUAUUUCUCGUAUCAGGAUAGGCAUGGCUUAACUCCUCUGCAGGACUCCAAUGUUGAUCUCACGGGCAUAGUAUCUAUGGCGGAAUUCUGCGAUGACUAUGUAAUGUGUGGAGCACCUUGCUUUUAUUCUUGUGGCGGACGAAGGAAUGCUCGUUGGCUGCCUCGGGAAUCGGGUAUUCAAAUGCCCGGCGAGGUUAUCCUGAAGUUUCUAGGGAAGACCGUCUCCGAGGCAAACAACACGGUUCGAUUUGAUUUCGAACUAAGUGGACCUUCCCAAAUGAAUAUUUUUAUACAGCCCGUGGAUGAGGCUAAGGUCACAGACUGGUCCUUUCUUCAGAAUAUCCGGGAGAGAUAUCAGCCUCCUUAUCAUAUCUUCUUUUCCUACGGAAUAGAUAAUAGCCCUUUUAAGUUCUUUGUGGAACUAACGAACUCCGAUGGGAAUUACAAUGUCCCUGUCUUGGAGGUCGCAGUUGUGGGACAUUUUGCCAGUCCAGAGUAUACCAGGGAUGCGGAGGUUCUUAAGUUUAUAGCGGAAUUACCUGACUUUGUGGAUGUCAUGGAAUGGCCUGCUCAAUACAAGAGAUAUAUUUUUUAA